GGCGAAAAGGAAAUGUAGGAUCUGAUAAGCAGAAUUUGGAAACAAGAAACUCUUCUUUCCACCGUUCUCUUUCACUGAUUGAACCUUAACCUUCCUGCCCUUUUCUGCUGCCCCCGGGAGGGUAGGACCUGGGGGACGUUCAGCAGACCCUUUGCUUUCAGCUUGCUUCCCCAGAGUGACUUCCUUGCAGGGGGGGCCAAGGGGGCUCUGUCAUCAAGGGUUAUUCUGGGGAGGGCCCAAGAUGUGAGAGGAGGGAGGGAGGGAGUGGUCCGCGGGUGGGUCUGUCGAACAGAUAAAAUAUGAAGCUCCUGUCCUUGAAGUACAACUUGCUCCUUCCUGACGGAAGAGAAAGGCAUCGGUAAGGGACACGUAGAGGAGAGCAAAGCGACCAAGAGAGCAGCGAGCAGGAUUAGGCGAGACAUGUUCACGAAACGGUGCCCCGGCCUUGCUCCGGAAGAGCGCCACCACCCAGCCGUUGCCCCGAAGCGGGUCUUGGGAGUUGAUGACAAUAACAUGGGCGACGGCUGUUCUCAGAAGCUGGCGACCGUGAAUCUUCUCCGGUUCCUAUUGCUGGUCUUGAUUCCGUGUAUCUGCGCUCUCGUUGUUCUACUGGCCAUCUUGCUCUCUUUUGUUGGAACAUUAAACACAACCUAUUUUACAUCAAAUGGAAGUGAACCUUUGGUAACCGAUGGUGAAGUUCAAGUGCCUGAUAUUAUUCUCAUAAAUACAGUUUACAACGCGAGUACAGUGACACCUUCUACUGCACAACCCACUCUACACCUUCCAACUUGGAAUGUGGAAGCUCCUGUCUUGGAGGACCAAAUUCACAGGAAUAUAAGUGCCUGCAGGAACAUCACUCACAGCCAAUGUCAGAUGCUGCCCUACAACACCACAGUAGCAUCUCUAAUCUCAUCCAUUGAAAAUAUAGAAACGGAGAAGUUCCUCAAGUUCUUCACCUACCUUCACCGCCUCAGUUGCUAUAAAUAUAUCAUGCUAUUUGGCUGUAGUCUUGCCUUCCCUGAAUGCAUCAUUGAUGGCGAUGACAGGCAUGGCCUCCAACCCUGCAGAUCUUUCUGUGAGGCUGCCAAAGAAGGCUGUGAAUCUGUUCUGGGCAUGGUGAAUGCCUCCUGGCCCAGCUUCCUAAGAUGCUCCCAGUUUAAAAACCAUUCUGAAAGCAGCAACACCAGCAGAAUUUGUUUCUCACCACAGGAGGAAAAUGGACGGCAACUGCUCUGCGGAGGGGGUGACCACUUCCUGUGCGCCAGUGGAAUCUGCAUCCCCAGGAAGCUGCAGUGCAAUGGUUACAACGACUGCGAUGACUGGAGCGAUGAAACUCUCUGCAACUGCACUGUGGAUCUGUUUCGCUGUCACACGGGCAAGUGCCUUAAUUACAGCUUGGUAUGUGAUGGAUACGAUGACUGUGGGGAUCUCAGUGAUGAGCACAACUGUGACUGUGAUCCCACAAGGGAGCAUCGCUGCGGGGAUGGACGCUGCAUCCCAGCCCCGUGGGUGUGUGACGGUGACCAUGACUGUGUGGACAAGUCUGACGAGGCCAACUGCUCCUGCCACAGCCAAGGGCUGGUGGAGUGUGGGAACGGACAGUGCUUCCCCAGUGCCUUCCAGUGUGACGGCGAUGAGGACUGCAAGGACGGAAGCGACGAGCGCAACUGCAGCGACCCCCAGCCUCCGUGUCAAGAAGGAGACCAAAGAUGCCUCUACAGCUCCUGCUCCGAUUCGUGCGGUGGUAGCUCCCUGUGUCACCCAGACGACGGUUUGAGCAACUGUAGUCAGUGUGAGCCAAUUACGCUUGAACUCUGCAUGAAUUUGCCCUACAACCGCACAAAGUAUCCCAAUUACCUUGGCCAUAGGACUCAAAAGGAAGCGUCCAUCAGCUGGGAGUCCUCUCUUUUUCCGGCACUUGUUCCAACCAACUGUUACAAAUACCUCAUGUUCUUUGCUUGCACCAUUUUGGUACCAAAGUGUGAUGAGACCACAAGCCAGCGCAUCCCCCCUUGCAGAGCACUGUGUGAGCACUCCAAGGAACGCUGUGAGUCUGUUCUUGGCAUUGUGGGCCUUCAGUGGCCUGAAGACACAGACUGCAAUCAAUUUCCAGAGGAAAAUUCUGACAAUCAAACCUGCCUAAUGCCUGAUCAAGAUGUAGAAGAAUGCUCACCUAGUCACUUCAAGUGCCGCUCUGGAGGAUGUGUUCUGGCUUUCAGAAGAUGUGAUGGCCAGGCUGACUGUGAUGAUGACAGCGAUGAAGAAAACUGUGGGUGCAAAGAGAGAGAUCUUUGGGAGUGUCCAUCCAAUAAACAGUGUUUGAAGCACACAGUGAUUUGUGAUGGAUUUCCAGACUGUCCUGAUAAUACGGAUGAAAAAAACUGCUCGUUUUGCCAAGACGACGAACUGGAAUGUGCCAACCACGAGUGUGUGUCACGUGAGCUGUGGUGUGACGGAGAAGCCGACUGCUCCGACAGCUCAGAUGAGUGGGACUGUGUGACCCUCUCGAAAACUGUGAACUCCUCUGCACUCCUGAGUGUUCACCGGUCUGCGACAGAGCACUACGUGUGUGUGGAUGGCUGGCAAGAGACCCUGAGCCAGCUGGCCUGCAGGCAGAUGGGUUUAGGAAAACCAUCUGUGACGGAGUCAGUUCCAGAAGAAGAGGAGCACCAGAGGUGGCUGGGCUUACGCUCCGACUGGAGGAACAUCAGUGGGACCACGUUACACAGACUUCUGGUGCCGAGGCAGUCCUGUCCCAGCAGAAAUAAGAUCUCUCUUCUGUGUACUAAGCAAGAUUGUGGGCGUCGCCCCGCUGCCCGAAUGAACAAGAGGAUCCUCGGGGGCCGGACAAGUCGCCCUGGAAGGUGGCCGUGGCAGUGCUCUCUGCAGAGCGAGCCCAGCGGACACAUUUGUGGCUGUGUUCUCAUUGCCAAGAAGUGGGUUCUGACAGUUGCCCAUUGUUUUGAGGGGAGAGAGAACGCUGCUGUGUGGAAAGUGGUGUUUGGCAUCAACAACCUGGACCACCCAUCCGAGUACACGCAGACCCGCCUCGUGAAGACCAUCAUCCUGCAUCCCCGCUACAGCCGUGCAGUGGUGGACUACGACAUCAGCGUGGUCGAGCUGAGUGAAGACAUCAAUGAGUCAAGCUUUGUCCGGCCUGUCUGCUUGCCCAGCCCACAGCAGGCUCUAGAACCAGACACAUACUGCUACAUCACAGGCUGGGGCCACAUGGGCAACAAAAGUAAGCUAGUGUCUUCAGCAGCCAUGCCCUUCAACUUACAACUGAAACAUAUUGUGUCUUUCUUUGACAUGAAGACCAUCACCACGCGGAUGAUAUGCGCAGGCUAUGAGCCUGGCACGGUGGACUCGUGCAUGGGCGACAGCGGUGGACCUCUUGUCUGUGAGCAGCCUGGAGGACAGUGGACGUUGUUUGGCUUAACUUCGUGGGGCUCCAUCUGCUUCUCCAAAGUUCUGGGUCCUGGAGUGUACAGCAAUGUGUCAUACUUCGUUGGGUGGAUUGAGAAGCAGAUAUACAUCCAGACCUUUCGCCUAAGUCAGCGCAAGGGUGAUCAGAGGGCCCUGCCAGCAGCACGCGGAGAGAAGGGCCGCGCCUGAGAAGCGCUCCCUGUGGAGGCUGGACAGAGCCACUUCGUGGGGACAAGGAGCUCCACAUGCAUUGCAAAUUUUAAUAUUUGCUUCAGACCAAUUUUAUUUGACUUUUCCCCCAAUUUUUCUCUAAAAUUUUGUGAAAAACUUUUAAGAAAAGCAGAGCAGGCUGUUUUCUUUUGUCGGGUCUAACCUUGAUUAUAUCACGAAAGUAGAUAACAACUCUGUAGAGAUUUAAAAUAUGCAGGCCUGAGGUUUAACAGGUUACAAAAGUUUGGUUCUAUCAGUGACAGGACACAAGUCCAGGCUGAUGAAAUCCCAGUUUCUGCCCCUCAAGCACAGUAAUUUAGAUAAAAAUGUCACUAUUAAUGAUGGUGACUGGCUCUUGAUUUACUGGAAGCCAAAAUAAUUUGUUUUUACUUACUCUUCCAAAGUGUAUGCAAUUCAGAGAAUUUAUGAAAGAUAGCAGUUAAAAAAAAGCAGCCAUUUAGGCAGCUCAAAGCACAGCGUACAGGCAGAGUUCUCCAGUAACCCCUGGAAUAACAGUUCUGUCCUUUCUGGAUUUGAAUCAAGUUUGUAACUUUCCAGGAAGGUCUCUACAGUGCUUUGCCCAUUUUGGGAGCUUUCCUGGUACACAUCAGCUCUUUGGGGUUUUAACAAUUAGAUCAAUACACAUGGGGAAGGGCCAGCCAGAUGGCUCAGUGGGCUAAUGCACCUGCUUAGGCAGGCACAGGGACCAGGG